UCAGCCCGAGGCCACCCCCAGCCCGCCGCUGCCCAGUCCCAGCCGCCCUCCCAGAUCCCUUCCCGUACUGCCUCGCGCAUGUCCGAGGCCGCGACCUCGCAGAAGCCAAAGACGAUUGGUGGCUUCAUUGAAGAGGACGAUGACGAAGACGAGGAAGAGCAAGACCAAGGCACAGGCACAAACGGUUCGCUCGCUCAGACUCCUGUGCAGCAGCAACAGAAUGUACAAGCCGUAUAUAACCCUCCUCCUACUGAUCUACUUGAACAAGACCAUGCCCCUUCUGCUAUUCCCACACAAGGUGCUUCUGUCCAAGCCCAGGCCCUGCCGCAGUCCAAUGCUCCUGUUCCUUCUGCUCAAUUCCCUUCUUCAUCUUCUGCUGCCCAGUCAAAGCCCCGCUUGCCUCAGGACCGUGUCGGUCAGUUGGAGGACAGGAUCGCCGACGAUCCAAAGGGUGACGUUGAUGCUUGGCUUGACUUGAUUGCUCUGCACAGAUCCAAGAACAAGCUCGACGAUGCUCGUAACGUCUACGACCGCUUCUUCGACGUCUUUCCCACGGCUGUAAGUUCCUCGUCCUCUGUCUCUCCACCAACUCCAGCUAACGAGUCUCGANNGGCCGAACAAUGGGUCGCCUACGCGCUCAUGGAGCAAGACCAGGACGACUUCCUUCGCUUGGAGAACAUCUUCAACAUGGCUCUCCUCAAAAACUACAACGUGCAGCUCUGGGGCAUUUACCUCGACUACAUCAGACGUCGCAACAAUGUCAUGACCGACACGACAGGCCAGGCUCGCCAGACUAUUACUCAGGCGUACGACUUUGCCCUCAACCUGAUCGGCAACGACAAGGAUUCUGGAAGCAUGUGGCAGGACUACAUCAACUUCAUCAAGUCGGGUCCCGGUAAUCCUGGUGGAAACGGCUGGCAGGACGCCCAGAAGAUGGACCUCUUGCGCAAGGCUUACCAGCGUGCCAUUACUGUUCCCAUGCAGGCCACCACCAGCUUGUGGAAGGAGUAUGAUUCGUUCGAGAUGGGCCUUAACAAGAUGACGGGUCGCAAAUUCCUCCAGGAAAAGUCGCCCGCUUACAUGACCGCCCGCACUUCGUACAACAUCCUCCAGAAGAUUACUCAGGACCUGAAGCGCAGAACGGUCCCGACUCUGCCCCCUGCACCCGGCUGCGAGGGCGAUGACGAUUAUCAACACCAAGUCACCAUCUGGCAAAACUGGGUCGAAUGGGAAAAGGAGGAUCCGCUUGUUUUGAAAGAGGAGGAUGUCAAGGCCUAUCGCGACCGCGUUCUCUACGUUUACAGACAAGCUACCAUGGCUCUUCGCUUCUGGCCCCAAAUCUGGUACGACGCUGCCGAGUUCUGCUUCGACAACGACAUGGAGACCGAGGCGACCGACUUCNNCCUCACCCAAGGUGCUGCAGCCAACCCAGAGAGCUGCCUACUUGCUUUCACACGUGCCGACCGCAUUGAGCAGACCAUGCCUGUCGAAGACGGCGAGGAAAGCCUCGUCCGCCGUGGCGACGCGGUCAAGGAGCCCUACGACAACUGCCUGAACGCAUUGUACGCCCUGAUCGAUAAGAUCAAGGCGCGUGAGCCCAAGGCCAUUGCCCAAAUCAGAGAGUACUACGAGUCUCUACCUCCGCUGUCUCGCGAACCCACCCCUGAAGCCAGAGAUGAUGACGAUGAGGAUGACUCGAAGGACAGACCUGCUGCAAACUCCAGAGAAGCCGAGGAGAAGAGACAGGUCGACGAGGUGCAGAAGAAUACUGCAGCUCAAAUCAAAACCGUCUCGAAAACACUGUCUUUUGUCUGGAUUGCUCUGAUGCGUGCGAUGCGUCGUAUCCAAGGAAAGGGCAAACCUGAUGCGCCCGUGGGAGGUCUUAGAAACGUCUUUGCUCUUGCGAGGAAGAGAGGUCGCAUCACCAGCGAUGUCUAUGUCGCAACCGCACUUAUUGAGUAUCACUGUUACAAGGACCCGGCAGCAACCAAGAUCUUCGAACGUGGCAUGAAGCUGUUCCCCGAGGACGAGCUCUUUGCCAUGGAAUACCUCAAACACUUGAUCGCCACUAACGAUGUCACAAGUAAGCGUUUCUAUUCCUUUGAUUAUAUGAUUCAUACUGAUGAUUUCUGCNNAGACGCUCGUGCUGUCUUUGAGACUACUGUUUCCAAGCUCUCGGCCAAAUCCGAGAACGUCGCCAAAACUAAGCCUCUCUUCCUCUUUAUCCACGAGUACGAGUCCAACUAUGGCGAACUUGCACAGAUCACAAAGCUUGAGAAGCGCAUGGCCGACCUCUUCCCCGAAGACCCUUCUCUCGUCCGCUUCGGCCACCGCUUCAGAAUUCCCACCUUCGAUCCUUGUACGGUCCGCACAAUCAUUAGCCCCAAUGCUCAGACAAGACCCAAGGGCUCAGAAUCAGCUAUGCCCACCACAGAAAUUGAGCCAGUGCCCAAUCCUGCCGUCCUGUCUGCCGUCACCGGCUAUGUACAGUCGCCCAAGCGCCCGCUCGACAAUGCAGACUCUGAUGCCGAACAACCUGCACGCAAGCUCGCCCGCGGCGAGUCUCCGCUCAAGGGCGCUGCAGGUCGUCGCCAACAACAACGACAGCGUGCAGAGGGCUACGGCUCACAAGUGGUUGCCCCACCACCCAAGCCUCUUCCCAGGGACAUCACUCUCCUUCUCAGCAUGAUUCCCAAUGCUUCCACAUAUCCCGCCCAGGCGAGACUGAACCCUGAGAGCAUGGUUGCCCUGAUCAGAGGCAUCGAUCCCAGCAGAGCCAUGGUGCAGGGUGGUGGAUAUGGAGGUGGCUAUAACUAUGGCCGCUGA